AAAAAAAAAUAAUUUUUGGAACCAAACUAACUCAUUAAAAAAAAAAAAAAAGAAUCAAAGUAGGCUUCACGCACAGAAUCUGUGCGUGAAACCCCUAACAAAAACCCCUCCCAUUUCCAGCAUACUCUUCUCUUUCAUUUCCUCCAUUUUCACCCUUUCAACACACUUUUGCACUCCCAAAAACAUGUCUCAAAGUUUUGAAACUUCAAAGUUUGCUAUACAACCCCAUAUUUGUGAAUGCAAUUAUUACUGUAAACUAAAAACGUCAAAGACCCAAGAUAAUCUGGGUUUCUGUUUUUGGCGUUGUAAAGUGCUGGAAGAUAUGGGCGGUUGCAAACACUUUCGGUGGGAAGAUAGCAUUCACGUGGAUAAAACGGUGGCGAUGAAGUUUCAAAAUUCACUUUUUGAUAGAGAUACCGCGACUUCAUGUAUCUCUAGAGAUACCGCGACUUCACGUAUCUCUAGAGAUACCGCUAAGUUGGACUCGCAAUUUAAGCUGGUGGAAGCUGAAGAAAAAAUUGAACUUUUGGAGGUCUUGCUCACCGGUUCCCAAAAAAAACGAAUUUCUUUGAAGGCUAAACUUAGAGACACUCAACACGAGAAAAUAGCUUUGAAAGAAAAACUUAAAUUGUGGAAGAUUAUUUGUGCUAUCUUGUUGUUGUUCAUUAUAUAUAUGUAUUUUGUUUAUUAAGUUUAAUAUUUUUAUGGAUUAUGUUUUUUACUAGUUGUA